AUGUUGUCGGCUCCCGUUAAAUCGGCGAAGCGCAUCUCGUCUCUCUUCUCCCUGGGGAGUCAUAAAGACCAUAAUGCGUCUGGGUCCUCAGCGAGUUCGCCCGGUUUCAAACCUUCCGACUCAAAAGACCGUCAACGAAGCAACUCUCGACCAACUCGCCAUGUCUCCACACCAAAUGCUGUCUUCUCCUCCUCAGAGCCCCGGACCGUUCCCGAUCCCGCACCUUUGGACUUCGAUUUGGAGAGCCUUCAGCCCCCACCUUCGUUACUCGCGGUGAAUCAUGAUCUGGCCAGCAGUGCUCCUAGCUCCCCAACAUCCGGCCGACCCCAGAGCAGGGGGCGCGAGAUGAGUCGCCCCUCCAGUAUGGCUGGUUUGGCCAUUCCGGGAUCUACACCAGACUCCCGCCCGAGCACACCAUCAAAACGGAGAAGUUGGAUGCCCGGAAUGGGUGCUCGGUCGCGAGCCAGUUCCGUGGACAAGCGGCCCGCAGCGGCCACCGCCCCGAGUGCCUGGAUUGCCGGGUUGGACCAGAAAGUCGUGUACGAUCUAGGACCGUUGUUACGAGGAGAGCAGAUCUCGGAGCUAUGGAAUGAACAAGGUGAUACUUUUGUCUACCUGUUCCCUCAAAACACCGGCCGCUCGCCAUCCUUCAAGGUCGACUCUACGAUCUUUGCCGAAUCCCCCUCCCUUACCUACCUUGCACGCGGCACCGAUGCUAAAGUCAGCGGCUUGGAGCAGCCCACCCGCACCCUCUCUCUCGUCUCCCCUCCUACCACCCCGCUCGACCAUUUAGUAGACAAUGACAACGAUAGCCAAGGCAGCCAACGGAUGGCCUUUGAUGACGGUGCCGAUGACGUCCAGGAAUUGCAUCUGUAUCUGCCAAUUCCUCUCAACAGUGACGUAUCCAACCCGCUUUGUCGCUUGUCGCAGGAGGAUACGGACAAUCUGCUCUUAUUCCGCAAUCUCUUCGCUUUCCUCCUGGGCCAGUCCCUGAUUUCCAGCCCGAAAUCCGCAUCACUAUUCAGCAUCUUCAUGGACGUCGCAGUUCUGUUGGCCCGAUUUGAAUUCACCAAUCUGGACGGUUCCAACUUUGGUGAAACCGCUACUUCUAGCUUCAGCAACUACUGUGAUGAACUGCGCUUGGCCGAUGUGCGCAAGAGUCGCGAGAAGACAAUUGAGGCCAUUGUGCUCGGUGAACGUCUACGAUACUUCCCUCUUUACCUGGAGGGAUUCGUUCACGGUGUCGGAAAGUUGGAUGAAAUCAAGCAACUGCGAAGCCCGAAAUACACCUUUAUCCACCCCAUCACCCAGAAGCGUCUUGAGCGUGGUUUCAUUGACCUGGAUACUCGCUUGCGUGGUCUUUACUCAAAGCUGGAAGAUUUCGACUUCCCUUCGGUUUUCUCCGGUAGCGCGAAUUCGGCCACUUCGAUGGAAAGCAAAAUUAUUCGUUUCAGGAACUGGAAGUCCAGUUUCAUGGAAUUCCGUCGUUUCACAAUGCAAUUUUACCGACAAAAGUAUGGCAGCUGGCCGCCCAAGGCUCGAUCAAAGAAGAACGAAUUUGAAGAGAGUGGAUUGAAUCGUCAGCUCCUCCUGGACUUGUAUCAUGAUUUCACUGAUCUCUACGAUCUUUUGGUUGACCGCACUUCGCUCACCACUCGUACCAUCGACGCUUCCGGCUCUGGUGGCGACAAUUCCUCUACGGAUGUCAAGGAUGUCACUCUCCGUGCUCUCCGGCAAGUUCUCAGCGAAUACGAUCGUAGUACUCCACCCGUCCUUCCCCCGAUUCCGUUCGAUGUUCCUCAGAUCCCUUCGCUGCAAGUGCUGCACCGGAAGCCUCUGGAGCCCAAGAAGGCGGGUAAAUUGCGAACCAAGAAACUCAAGAACGCCGAUAUCAAUGCCGUCUUGAUGGACUCAUAUACUCGGGAGAGCAUGCGCCCCACAACCUUCAUUGAAAGCUUUAUGCAAUUUGAGCGGCGGUCUGCUGCCGGCAAGACAUUGGAGGACAUCACGGAACUGCGCUGUGGUCAAUGGAUUUUCCUCUACGCUGUCAUCCAGUCUCUUCCCAUGCUGGUUGUCGACGUUCCCGAGGUCCGAUUCACAGAAGGUGUAGAAUAUUUCCUCUCCAUUGCCCCCCGUGGUGGAGCACCUUGGAUUCAGAACGAUACCAAGACUGCUCGCAGCUGGUUCGGUGUUGCUGGUGGAGCGGGUGUUGUCAGUCUGCCUUCCGAUGUGGUCAUCAACGGCGUCGAAGGUGUUUACCGCCGCAGCCAUUGCUGGCAGGUAGCUGAACAAUGGGCGGAGGCCGGUCAGCUGAUUGAACCUCCGUCUGUAGAGGACUGGGAAGAGGACGAGUCUUCAAUCUCAUCGCCUUAUCCGGCUCAGCAGUCAUCGGCUGGCUCCUCUUCUGAGCAGCAGUCUCAAAUGAUGAACAUCCCCCACGGUGGCCUCACGCCACCUCCACCUGCUAUUCCCCGGCAACGGUCUCCUGCGGCUGGAGCCCGGGCUGAGCAUCGUCACUCCAUCUACCCUGGGUUGGAGGCCCUGCCAUUACCUGCUGGUAUUGCUCCCCUUGAGCCUCCUUCACGUCCCAUCAGUCGCUUUAACCCCAACAUGAGUUUCGACGACAUCUUAAAGGAAGUGCCAAAAAAGGAGAAGGGCAAGAAGCACUAG